AUGGCGGGUCCUGUGGAAGCAAGGUUUGAUGCUGCAGUUAACGUCGUACGAUCAAUGCCAAAAAAAGGUAUUAAGAACCUUUUUGAAUCCAAACGUUGAAAAGGAGUGAAUGAAGUUUUUCAAAAAUUAUUUUUCUUCAUAUUUUAGGCGCUUAUCAGCCUUCGUACGACACUAUGUUAAAGGUAAGCAGAAGUUUGUGAAGCCUAUUCAGUAAGCGUAAGUGAAAAUUAAAAGGUUCAGUUUUCUUCUCUUUUCUUAUACGUAGGAAUUUUUUGACAAUGUUUAUUUGAAUAAUUCAAAAAUACCUUUAAUCUGAUGUCAUUCUCUUGGAGAGAAUUUGAACUGGCAAUUUUUGCAAAGUUCGUGUAAGUUUCUUGUGGGCGCAGGUUUAAUGAGUAUAGUACAAAGUCUUCAUAAAUUUAAUGACGUUUACUCGUCAGUUUUUGUUAAAGAUUCUUGCAAAACUUAGCCGUGCAAAAGGAUGCAAAAACAAACGUAAAUAACUAUAAUUCAAGUUGAUUUGUGUAGAUUUAAGUUAAAAAUUAAGCCUGAUUUGUUUAUUGUCCAUGCAUACAAGCUUACAAUGAUAUUGGUUGUUUGUGUUAAGCUGAAAAAAAUCCACAUAUUGCAUUUCUUUGGCAGUGGAAGUUUCCUGUUAUCUGGGAUGGUCUUUAAGUUGUGAUGACAGUGACAUCAACACUGAUGAUAUUGAUGAUGAUGAUGUGAAAUAUGCUGAUGACCUUAUUGGCAUAAAAACAAGAAACCAUUUUUGGGAUUUUGUUGGUCUACACAGUUGGUCAGCUAUGUUUGUUUAAAUUGUCACAUUUUUCUCAAACACUGGAUGUGCCUCGUUCCCAAACCAGUGUGCAAAGAAAGUGGUGUCCGAUAGCCCGGGGCUAGUGGAUUUUGCUAUCGGGCUAGUGAAUUCUGUUUUUAACUUGCCCGAUGAGCAAGUGAUAUUUUUUUAGAAAUUUGAAUAACAGAAGAACUGUAAUCAAUCCUGCUCAUCAAAUUUUUUUCGGGCUAAUUGAAAUGACUUUCGGGCUAGUACAUGCUAGCUACAGCUUGCCCGAAUGGCAAGCUGUAAAACUGACUUUCUUUGCACCCUGCAAACCAUCACUUAAUUUAUUCACGUGAUUGAUGUGACACAUCUCAUUUUGUAUGAACUCUUAGCUUCAAUGCUGAGUGGUUUUCGUUAUUAUUAAUUUUUUUCAGUUCUACGCUUUCUACAAGCAAGCUAAAGAGGGUGAAUGCUGUGAAUCAAAGCCUGGAUUUUGGGAUGUAGUAAAGAAAGCAAAAUGGUCAGAGUUUGCUGAUAUUACUUACCAGUUGUGACGUGGCGAAUGGGGCUCAAUAAACGGUUACCUUAUACGCCUUUAGUUCCGUUAAUGGUCCUCCUACUAUUCUGUUCACCACUCUCUUAUAUACAAAUCAAGUCCCUUUUUGCCUCAAGUGUUAACCUCAUUUCGCAUCUAAUUAUCCUACAUUAAGUCCCUUGAGACCCAACACUACAUCAGUGUGGUGAAAAUGGGAUUUUGGAUGUCUCUCAUUUCAGCAUAGAGGUUACUUUCCUUCUUCAGUGGUGUUGUUUUUUGGUAAACGAUCAAGUCAUCUCGGCUGAAGUUAUGUCGCCUGAAUUACUAGAGUUAUGUCACCUCGAAAUUUUAUCAGGUAUACUACAGUGAGGAAUAAACCUGAUCCUCCAGCUCUCUAAUAACAGUCGUUAUUUUUUUUACUAUUGUUCUCUUUAUAACAGGGAGGCAUGGCAUGGCUUAGGUCAGAUGUCAAAAGAAGAAGCAAUGGAGUCAUAUGUGUCUGAACUAAAAAAGGUAAUUAUGUUGUGCUAAAUCUUGUGAAACAGUUCCUUACAUCUGUAUUUGUAAGUGGACAUAUAGUGGUCAGUAACUUUGGGAGUUUGCAGUGUUUUUGGUGGGACAGGUUUGUAGGAGAACAUUUGGGAAAAGCUCAGUGACUGGAUACAACAUUGACAAGAACCAAUCAUGGGUGAUGUUGAAAAUGAAUGAGGUGUUGUUCUUUGCCUGCCAUAUCCCCGACUGAGUUCUUGAAAAGUUGGAAAUAUUCGUUGGAGUGCUGGGAAGAACCUCUUGGAGCAAAAGGAUGAGAACCAACAAACUUAACCCACAAAUUAAUUGCUCUUUUCUUUGGGAUUCAUACUUGGAUGACAUUGGCUUGCUCCAACCAAUUACAGAUGCAGCCCUUCUGUGACAAUGAGUCUACCAGGCUUCUCCAUUGCAUAGAAUUCCUUUAAAUUGGUAAAAUUAAUUGUGUUUGAAUUUAAUAUUAUCAUACUAUCUGUUUUACAUCUUAGGUCAUGCAAAACUUGCCAAAUGCAGAUGAAGCAGCAGAAUUUUCUGAGGUUCUCAAAUCAUUUUACAAAGUGGCAUAUGAAGGCCAAGAUGAACCACUUCCUGCCAUUCUUAAAGUUUUUGAGGAUGAAAAGCCUUUGCAAACAAUCAGGAUCAAGGAAGGAUUAAAAUCAAAUGGGCAUCACAACCCACAUCAUAAUAGUGUGCCUAAUGGCUUAAUUAUUAAAGUGCCUGAAGUAAAUGGUUCAUGUGAUGAAUUUUCACCAGAAAUUAAUGGCUUCCCUCAUCGAGAUAGUUUGGCAUUUGGUGGUUUCCCUCACAGGGACAACUUGGACUUAAGAAACAGUGGAGAUUACAAGUUAAUGGAGCAUCAGUUUUCAAAUGGUGUUAAUCCAGUUGUUAUAAUUUCUCCAGAGGAUUUUGAGAAACAUAAGAAGGACAAAAAAGAUGAUAGUGGGUUUCAAAAUGGAAUAUCAGAAGGUUUGUAUGUGUGUGUGUAUAAGUCUGUUCUCAAGGCAUACCAGUAUUCAAUUUACAGUCACCUUUCACUAAGGCAGACACUUUGGGGCCAGCAUAAUGUCUCCAUGUUAGAGAGAUGUCUAUCUUAGAGAGAGUCAUUUGAAAGGAGUAAAGAGAGGCCGGAAACAACUCUAGGUCUCUGUUAAACUUUUAAGCCCUAAGAGUGAUCAGAAUCAAAUUUCUCCCUGUAAUGUCAAUUAUUCUUUGUGAAAUAGAGUGGUCAUGAGAAUUACAGACAUGAUCACACAAGAUGAAUUUGCCAGUUGAUAUUUUAUCAAAUUCUCCCCACUACUUCUGUAGGAAAUCAAUAGGAGCAACAAUUGAGAAUUCAAAUUUUGAUCUUAGGGUUUAAAGAGUCAAGAGAGAGUUGACUGUAUUGGUAUUAGUUUUUUACUAGGGUUGUAACCUUGGUAACCUAGGAUGAAUACUGGUAUGUUGAUUAAAACAGCAGACAUUUUAGGAACUGAAUACAAAAAUUAUGAAACUAAACUCCGUUUUAAUUUGCCAAAUGCAAUCAGAAUGAAAGGAAAUUCGAAAUGCAUUUCUAUCCAAUCUUUAGUAUGUCUGCAAUGUAGGAUGUACUUUAAAAUGACCUAUAGAGAUUCAUGCCCAGUGCAUUUUGGCAUAAUUAAAGGCUUGGUUACCUAUGUAUGCCAAGUGUGCAAUGCACAAGCAUUUUUCUUUCAAAAAUAAUACUUUUAUUAAGGACUGUGCAGGAAUGUUUAACUAAUAGGUACAAGAGGAAGGUGUCUUCUUAAUCCGGCAUCGUUGAGAGCAUAUAUUACUCCAGCCGAGUGUUUUAUUGCAAGUAUAAUAACUUGCUGUCAUGAAUGAUGUUGAAAAGCACAACACUUGACUUUGGGAGCAUGAGUGGGUCAUGAGUGUUGUGUUAUGUGCGAGAUAGAAUAUUAUUGGUGUGUUAAGUCAUGUACAGGUGUUUAAAUCAGGUAACACUUAACAUGGUCUUGCUUCUUUGGUUUGGAACGUUUGGUGUCUAAUUUUCUUGUUCAAUUUCCUAACAAAUAACCGUCUUCACUUUUAAUGUUGCAGUUCCCCCGUUGAGACCAAGUACAUGUAAUGCUGAUAUACCGUUACCCAGUGUAAAAAAUGGUUUGGUGUUAACCAGUGAUGAGAGUGAAGAUGAAUUUUGUGACUCCAUCGGCCCAGAACAUCUGCAUGAAUUGCAAAAUGGAAAUAACAUUGAAGACCAACAUCUAAAUCUGGAUGACACUCUUGAACAAAAGAUUGAUUCAGUGGAUGGUAGUAAUUGUAGUGGAUCGCCAGAACAUGCUACAAACUCAACAUUGACAGAACUAUCUGAAAAUUCUGAUCUGGAAAACAAUGUGCAGGGCUCACAGCUGCUUACAAGCACUCCGUAUUCAAAGCAUGUCACUUUUGCUGUGGAGAGCAGUGACUCAGAUAGACCUCUUGUUGUCAGUUCAGACUUGUCUGAGGUUGUGUCCACCGUCAGAGAGGAAUGCUGUUCUGAAAUAACUUCAACUGUUGAAAAUGGACAAGCUAGUCAGGCUGAAGUAGCUGUGACUGAAUUUGAUUUACCUGGACUUAUUAGCUCUGAAGGAUCACAAAAGCCAUCGGGCAUACUGAAGUCACAUCAUCCUGUGAGAGAAUGCGGUGGGGGCGACUCCUCACAGCACCCAUCUGGGCGGAAUCAUGCCAGUCGGACGUGGCAAACUCAGGGGACUAGAAGCAAGGAAGGUAGAAAUACCGCUACAAAAAUUUAUGUUUUGAUAUUUGAGCUAGUAUUGCGAUCAGUAGUAGACAUUUUUAAAAGGAAAGCCUGACCGUCUACCUAAAUUUUACCAACAAUCUUUGAGUUAGUCUCUGAUGAAAGUGGACUGAAACCACUUAAAAUUUCGGUAUAAGAUCACAUUGGUUAAAACAACUUUUCUUUUCAAGUCAAUGUUGGUCUAGUGAGGAGAGUCCAAGCAAUGCCGACAGUCUUGGCUCCAAUGAUAUGAAUAUUGAAUUUGAAACUUUGUCGUGUACUGUUAUUACCAAACCACACCUCAUUAUCCAAAAAGCCAACCUAGUUAACAAACAUUUUAACAUUGAAGAAGCAUCUUAGUUGUUAUUUACAAUGUUAAGGUCUCAGUAACAAUUUGAGUCUACAGUAUACCUGAAUGGCUAACAGUUAGAGAACAUUGUGAUGGUUAAGGACUUAGGUGCUGCUUUCAUUAAAUUAAUAUUAAAUCAUUGAAAAACCAGACUUGGAAAGUGAUAAAGCUAUUGUUAUUAUGGUUAUGCAAGGUUCCAGUCAAGAAUUGAGAGCAAGUCGAUUUCCAAGAGGGCACAGGCGGCGAGGUGAUAGUGACAGUGAGGAUGAUGACUUCACAAGUGAUCAUACAAGUGGACCAGAUUAUGACUCAGCAGGUGAUGAAGUUAAUGACAGGAUUCUACAAGCUCUGGAAAGACUGCACCAGGACAUGAAAAGUGUGUUGAGGCGUCUCAGUUCAAUGGAGGAAGCAGUGAUGUCACGACAGGUUGGUUCUCGAUUGCUCUACCUGUUUUCUGCCACUGUUUUUGAAAAUCCACAAUGUGAACACUGUUUAUACCACAACCUUGUUAUUAUGAUCACAUACUUUGCACCCAAAAAUGGUAAUUUUUUCUUCUGGAAACCUCAUUAAUAUGACCUUACUUCCCUGGUGCUUGAGUGGUUGCAUUAACAAGUUUUUACUGUAAUUUACAAGAAAUAUACAGAGUUCCAUUGUAUGUUUAUGAGACAAUGAAAACGAAUGAAAUUGACUUGUAGUGUACUUGUAUGCAUACAUUGAACCCCUGUCUAUGACCAGUAUCUAAUUUCUCUCUGUUUUAUCACUGCCUUAUCAAGCAUAAAGGUUGCAAAAAUUAUAAAAGAAAUGGUGACUAAAGUAAAAAAUGCUUUGAUGGAAAACAAAUUCUCUAGAUGAACACCUUAAGAAAUUUAUUUUUGGGAAAGCAGUGUGGAGAAUGUGCAUUUUGAUUUUAGGGUUCAAAAUGUAAGACUAAGCUAAAAGGUAAAUGCUGAACUAAGUAGUCUUUCUUUGCAAUCACCAGGAUGCAUCUCCUACAAGUGAACAACCUUGGUGGAAAGCUUUUAUCCCAUCAAAACCUCUGCUUUUUCUCAUUCUCUGGCCAUUUAUUGUUAACAUCAUCUUCUACUACUUUCGACAGAGGAAGGUGAGUGUUAUUUAAACAUUUUUGUGUGUGCAGCUACAGUUACACUGUCUGUGUUAUACUAAAGCCUUUACAUGUAUCAGUGACACUACCGUAAAAACUCGUGUAUAAGCCGCACCUUUUUGCCGAAAUUUUGAGUCAAAAAUCGCGGGUGCGGCUUAUACACGAGACCAUUGCUCUCAAAGGGAGUAAACUGGUUUGUAGGGGUCACAAAUUGAACUGAAAACCUUCAGUUGUUGAACAUUGAACACUGGUCGAUAGAAUGAACUUUAACAGUAUAUUAAUGCUCAUGUAAAUAGUUUUUGCUUUUCUCGUGAAAAUGAUACCGAACCGUGUUGUACAAGAUUUCGCUUUGAACAAAGAUUGAUGAGCCGUACUUUCAAACAUUGUAUAAUGUAAAUAGUUUUUUGCUUAAACAAGGAAUUUCGUUUUCUAAUAUCAAGAUAUCUGUACCUGUUACUUGUAAAUAUAUUAUUCAGUUUUGUAAAAUACAGUCUUCACGAGUCCAGCAUUUGUUUACUUGUGUCCUUCUCUGGUGUCCAGACUUCCCUCGUCAAAUAAACGCGUGGUUACUAAGCAAUCGUUUUGUAGCAUUGUCCAGCGCUUUAUUUUCGUUCCAUCGUACCAUUUUCAUUUCAACUGUGGGCUUUAGCAAUGAAGAGAACUGUUGUCUUUCGCAGGAAAUGGGGAAAUUGAUUAAAGAGAACCUUUUAAAAGGUAUUCUCAGAGUUGAUUAACUUAUUUAAAAUGUCACUGCAAAUACACAACUUUAAAUUUCCUCAAGUUUAUUUGUGAACAUUUUGAUGCGCGAACAAACGAUCACCUUUUUUACAAAAGCGCAUUUUUGUUUGUUUUUUUUUUUCAAAAUCAUGCUUGAAAGUUGGGGGUGCGGCUUAUACACGAGUGCGGCUUAUACACGAGUUUUUACGGUAUCUUAAGCAAGAUUUUUGUUCUUGUGCAAAACUGAUUUAAACACAAACCUAAAUAAAUUGGAACCAUUGUGGCAUAAACAGUGGCAGUCAAAAGUUGUUCUUUAAUUUGGCAGGUACAGUUUUUUAAUUACAGGAGCCUAAAUCUUUUUCAAGUAAAGCAUACAUUUUCUUUUAGAAGCAUUAUGGUUGUUACCAUCCUCUUUUAUUAGAACUGCAAUGCCCUAACAAUGGCAGAACAAAGUACCUUGGAGUAUAUCAUAUCAGGACCCUGUGAUACCAGGGUUCUUUAUGGCAAUGUUUUGCUGUAUUCUGAGAGUAAAAGAUAA